GUACCGUCUGCUCGACGUGGGAGUAUAUAAAGAAUCCGAUGCGCUGGUAAAAUCAGUGUUCCAUCAGGUACAGCCACUUUGAGGAGACUCACCCCAAAAUACACAAGAAUGGGCUUUUACGCAAGUCUUUUGCUGAUAGUAUCGACUAUUGGUUUCACCCAGUCCCAGUCUCAGCCAACUGAGUUUGAAUACGACUGCUCCGGGCUGCCAGAGAACUUCCUCUACUGGUGGGCCUGCGGGUCCUACGGUAUCUGCAGGAGCGGUCACUACGCACAGAUUGACUGCGUCAAUGGAACGACCUACGACAGGAGGGCGGGAGACUGUGUUCCGUCAUCUCAGGCUGUGACCUUCCCUUGCAACUCUGUCCCCGAAGACUGUGUGGUGUACAACGGACCUGGACACCGCUACCCAGACCAGGACCCAGACCCCGUAGAGAACCUGCCCCCUUGUUCUUUCUACUACACAUGCUCAUAUGGCAGAUAUCUAGGUCACCAGAGGUGCAGCGAGGGUACUGUCUACGACGAGCCACAGCAGCGAUGUUUACCAGCCAGUGAAGUGGCUCCCCCAUGCGGCAACUCGCCUGGAGGUAGCAGACACUAUCCAGUCCAACCUGGCCAACAAGAUGGCAGACACGUUGUCCAGCCACAAACCGAUCCUCAAGGCAACCCUGACCUUGCCAAGUGGCCUUUCACCAACAACAACAGAGGACGCAACCCAAGACAGACUCUGCGCGAGGGAGGAGCCGGGGCCAGCAACAGAAACCAGCGCCUGUUCUACCGCUCUGCCGACAGGGCCACCCACUUCAACCCUCAAGAUUUUAACCCGGCCGUUUACGGCAUUAACGCGAACGAGAUCCCUCACGGCCGCAUCAGUGACUCGUACGAUGGGGAGAAAUAAGGGGCAGACUCGUCUUCCGGGAUGAGGCUCUUAGUGUUGCGGAGAUGUCGACUGUAUUCGCGUGCACCUUCUAAGGUGUUCCCUGGCUUAUCAAAGCAAGAUUUCUUGAUUUUUUUUGUUUUGUUUUACAAUACCCCCCCCUCUCUCAUUUUAAUACUCCCAAUCGUUUAGUAAAAGAAUGUCUUCUGUAAAGACUUGUAAUAUCGACUUUACAGAGGCCGUAACAAAGCAUUUAAGUUAAAGAAGCAUCACUUUAUUUCUCUUAUAUUACUGUUUGAUUUUAUGGAUUUUUUUUUGUUUGUUGCCAUUUGAUCACGUGGCUGGAAGAACUCGUUGCCGAAAACGUAUUGGUGAAGAUGACAAGGUGGUUGUGGCAUGAGUGGUACCCACAAGUAUUAAACAUUUCUGUUCCUCCUGCAUUUCCUAUUCUGUGAGUGUCUGUCAUCUUGAUAUGAAAAGAAAGUUAAACAUCUCAGUUGAAGAGCUAGUUGGGAAAAAGCGCCAUGCUUUUUUUUUUUUACGUUGCACUGUUCAGAAUCCUUCCAGUAUAAAAAUGAAAUUAAAAUAAUAUGGAAAAACCUAACCCAUAUAAAAAUGUUUCCUUUGUAUUGUAUGUGAAAUGAAACUAUCCUGUCAGUACCUGUAUAUAUUCUGGAUACAUAAUUUUGUUGAAUUAUUUGAUUCAUACAUUUUUUCUCUUGCACGUUUUAAACUACGAAAUAAAUUUGAUUUUACACUA